AGGCGGCAGUAAGUGACUGUCCUGUUAGAUCACAUUCUGCGAGUACUGGUGACUCUGUAAAGCACAGCAGAGUUAGGUUUGGGAAUUUUUAAAGCAUGUCGAUAUUAUUAAGUGUUUAAACGCAAUUUUGGCUACAGUCCGCUGGCACAGCAGCGCUGUUUAUGAUUGGUUUAAAGUGUUGGAUUGGUGAAAAACAUGACAGCCAAUGAAGACCAGGAGAUGGAGCUGGAGGCUCUGCGCUCUAUCUAUGAAGGAGAUGAGUGCUUCAAAGAGCUCAGCCCUGUCUCCUUUCAGUUCAGGAUAGGAGAUCUUGAUGACUCCAAGUCCUUCCUGCUAGAAGUGUCCUGGCCAGAGAACUAUCCUGAAACUGCCCCGCACAUAUCAUUAGAUGCUUUUUUCAACAACAGAAUAUCCCUGGAGACAAAGCAGUACAUUCUCUCAAAAAUGAGUGAACAGGUAGAGACCAACCUGGGUACUGCCAUGAUGUACACGCUCUUUGAGUGGGCCAAAGAAAACCAGGAAACACUCAUGGAGAACUACCAGCCUGUGACAUCCGCUGUGACCCUGAUAUCCAGCAGCGAUGUCAUGAAUAAUUCCACCUCUGCUAGUAAGAAGAAGGAGAAGAAAGAGCAACUAACCAAAGCACAGAAGAGGAAACUGAUCGGAAGAACAGAUAAUAAGGGUGAACUGCCAAGAGGUUGGGACUGGGUAGAUGUUAUUAAGCAUCUGAGCAAAACUGGAGGAAAAGGUGACGAUUGAGAAGAAACGAUGGAUUGAAAUGUAUGGAUGAAAUGUGUCCCUUUUUUUUUUUUUUUUUUUUAAUGACAGCUGAACACAAAUUCUCUUCAGCCAUGAUUUCAGUUCACCUGGAGCUGCCACAGAGCUGAUUUGACACUGAGUGUAAGGAGCUCUGCCAUCCUCAGAGCCACACUAGUCUGCGCUAAAUUAGCUGAGCCACACGUGAACAUCAUGAGGUGUGUGAUGAGAAAACGAACACAGGUUUAAAUGCUUGUAUUUUUGGAUCUGCUAGAACAGUUGUGUGUGACUUAAUAAACCUAACAGCAGUGUUGUUUCA